AACAGCUCAGCUUUGGGAUUCUGCCCUUCACCUCAGGCUCGGUUUUGCUGACGUAUAUCGGCCUGUAUAUCCGUUACCGUAGCCUCUAUAACCUCUUCUUCUUCUACCUCUUCAUCGCCGGAAAAGGUUUACAGUGGCCGCGGGGGAGGGGGUUUUACUCUGAUGUCCCCAGUUCGGAAUACAGUGGAUGGGAACUAGGGUUCCUGUACCGCACUACGAUUUGAGGCCGGCCGCUGCUUCUUACAUUGACAGCUCAGUCCACGACAUCAAUGCGGCCGAGGGACUCGGCGGAGAAAGCCACGACGUGGACCCAGGCGGCGGAGAUGCCAAGGAGGAUAGUCUCCAUAACGACGAAGAAGAUUCCGCAACUGUUGACUGCUUGCAUGAUUCCUUUCAGAACUCUUUACCACUUCACAUUGUAACUGUGGAGGACAAUCAAAGUAGCGUAUCUAAUAGUGGAUCUUCUAGUGGCUCUUACAACAUUGUAACCAUUGACGAUGUUUCACCAAUUGAGUCAGCAAGAGCAAGAUUUCUGGACAUCAUCGUAGAUCAUUUUAUUAGUUCACAUGUAAUUGAGGUGUUCAAUACGGAAUCAGACUGUGUUUUACAAUCUUCUCAAGAUAAAGUGAGCAAGAGGAAGUUGGGCGAAAUUCAACGUGAAGGUGAUCCUCGACAUGUUUUGCCUUUGAUGUAUGUGGCAAACAUGUAUGAGACAUUGGUUGCUGAGGUGAACUUGAGACUAUCUUCCUUGAGUGGAAUGCGGGAAAAAAACAUUGGUGUGGCCCUUGAAGCUGCUGGUGGUUUGUAUAGAAAGCUUGCAAAAAAGUUUCCCAGGAAUGGUACAAAAUAUUUGCUCCUCUUCUGUCUAGUCAGAAGAAGCUGUGUUGGGUGGGGGCUCGGGGUCAGGGACACUGGCUCACUCUCUGUAUUCAGCACUAUACAGCAUCAUCCCUGUCAGUGUAGCUCUCAGCUACAGCAACUUGGCACAUGGGGUUCUUAGACAUAUUCCCUUCCCCACCCUUCUUAUCUUGAAAACAAUAUGGUCCGAUCCCCCCCCCCCCCCACACACACUUCCCUCCCUCCAACACAUCUUUCCUAGUGGAGAGUAAUGAAAUAAAAAACAGGGUUGGGUUAAUGAAAAACUCAUUACAUCAUUUGGCCUCGUUUGGUACAUGGAAUUCAAACCAUGGAAUUGGAAUUGAAGACUUCAAUUCCAAUUCUGAUGUUUGGCUCUAGAGUAAGGCUAGGCACGAUGCAAUAAGAUAACUGCAUUAUACUGGGUUUGGGGAAUUUCUUGUUGCAAUUGGUUUGCUGUUGUCGAUGCAGGAUCUUGCACGUAUAAACGCCGAGAAUUAGCAACUUCUUUUGAAACACGGUCAAGGUUUCCAGAAUUAGUUAUACAAGAGGAGAAGCGUGUCCGUUUUGUGGUUGUUAAUGGUCUAGCUAUUGUUGAGAGACCUACGAGUAUGCUAAUCGAUGAUAUUGAGUGGUUCAAAAGAUUGACAGGUCGCAGUGAAGUAUCAGUCUCCCCAAGAGAUUACAAGUUCUAUGCACCUAGGCACAAGUACAGACGUGUAGCAUCAAACCCCAUUCCAAACAUGCGUACAUUCCCAACAUUCACGGGAACAGAUAGUGGUUCUCCUCCUAUGAGUGCAGCUCAAGGUUACCAUUCUGUAAGUGAGCAGCCACAGAAUAGCCACCAGAUUCCUCCACCAGAGCAGCAGCAGCAGCACAUGCAGGCAACAUCACAUCAGGCUCAAUUUCACCCCCUUCAGCAGAGCCACCUUCAACAUCAGAUGAACCAAAACCAACACAUUGCCCAUCUGUCUCAUUGCAGACCUCAUUCACACUUGUCCGAAAUCGUGCAUUCUCAGCACUCUGCCACCAUUCCCACUACUCACAUGUCUCCCUUGCAACCCAUAGGUCAUGCUGGUGGGCGUAUGCUUUUACAGCCAGCUGGUCCUGCAAAGUUCUGUGAUGAAUGUGGGGCCCCUUACUUGAGAGACACAUCCAAGUAUUGCUCCGAGUGCGGUGUUAAGAGGUUAGGAAUUUGAUUUGUGAAACACACCAAAGGGGUACAAAUUUCAUGGCAAGGCAUAUUGUUGGCUACUCAGGCAUUUGUGAAUGUGUCGAGACAAAUCUUCUUUCUAGCUCUUUAGGUGACAUUUUUGUCUUGUUGUAUCGUAUAGAGGAAAAAUAGGUUGUAUUGUAUGCUGUACAAAACAUAUAACAACAGAGAUAGAUCAAGAUCAAUGUGCUUCAAGAAAACGGCUUCAUCUUU